AGCGUGUUUUCAUCUAUCAACACUGAUAGCCAACACGAUUUGUCAACAGUUGCGGAGUAUUGCGCACACGGACUUCUGUCGGGGUUAGUGGUAUGGUGAUACCAUUGAGAGACGGAGAGUUAACGAGGAGUCUGAAGACAACUGCGGGAGCAUUACCGGGCUGUGUAGGAGGCACUGGAAGAUGCCGAACAACGAGCAGCAUGAUGGUGGAGGAAACUCCGGAGGAGACGGUGAUCAUCGGCCGUAUCGCCAUCCCACGUGCUUCAACUGUCGUGAGGCGGGACACUAUGCUAACGAGUUCCCGUAUCGGGAACGUCGACAGUUUGCGAGUCGUCCGUCAACUUCGUCGGACUCAAGAAGAUCGCGAUCGCCGAGAAGAAUGGAGUAUAUGCGGCAUUAUUCUCCACCCGGGAUUGAUAAGGAUGUGAGGUCACAGAUUGCGGAGCUUAAUAAGAACUUGGUAUCAAUUAAGCAAUUUCAUGACGCUGAGCAGGCCAAAAAGGAGGAAAAAGCCCGGAGGAAGCGCGAGAAGGAGGAAGCCAAGAGAUGUGAAGCCGAAGAAGUUGAAAAGCGAGCAAUCGAGGAGGCCAAGCGAGAAGCCAAACAACAGAAGAAGCGAGAGAAGGCGCGUAAUGAAGCCGAGCUGCGGGCCGAGAUGAGGAAGGAUAUGUCACUACAAUGCGCCAUCAUGUUGAGUGAAAUAAAGGAUAGUUGGGUGGAAGAAUGGAGGCAGACCGCUCUACCAGCGGUCAGGGCAGUAGACCCCAAGGGGAAGAAGAAGCUUCAGUAUGAAGUUGAGGAGGUGGUUUCGGACGCAAGUGGAGAUGGCAGCGAAACUAGCGUCACUCAAGAAUUGAGCGAGAAGACUGGGAAGCUUUUCAUAUCGGAAAAGAGGAAACGCGAAGCUAACGUUGUCCUCGAAGGCAGCCCGCCAAUGGAGACCAGCGCCAAGCGUACGCCGAAACGCGGAACGGGGAAACAGACGGACUUGAGCAUGCGGUUGACUCGAUCGAAGACUGCCAAGAAGACUGGAAGGAUACCGAUCCCAGCUAAGAAGAAGACCCCAGUGAAGACACCACUAUCUAAGAUUGUGAGGUCCGCGAAGAAGAAGACUCCACAAAGUCGGGCGACUCCAGAUGCAAGUGGAGCUUUGGCUCGUUUACGUUACCGAGAUGCUGUGAUAAAGGAAUUGAAGGACCUGGAGGCUCCUGAAUUGCAGAAGAUCUGUCGGGAUGAGGGCCUUCAUUACGAUAAGAAGAUCGAGGCUAUAUUCGAUAUUGUAGAGCAUCAGACCCAAAUUACAUUUGAAGAAGCUCCGGUGGAUGAAGCGGAAGUCAUUCGUAUUGCCGAUUCCGGCAAUACCGAGGAGGUAAACCAACCUGAUGGUAAGAUUGAGUGAGGAGGGUACAAAGCGACCCAUCUUUGGAAGUUGUCGCGAUAUCUUACCAGCUUGCGUUGUAGCUCUAAUU